AUGAAGAUCUUCUCAACCUCUCUUUGCUUUGGACUCCUGACGUUUUUAUCUGUGAUGAUCCUUUUAGAAUCAGUGCAUGGACGGCCAUAUCUUACCCAAGGCAAUGAAUUGUUUCCAGUGAAAGAAGAUGUGAAUCUUGAACUAUUGCUGGCUCUACUCAGUAAAAAUUUUGAUAUCCAAAGGCCCUCCCACAUUGAUGUAGAGCUGGCUAACAAACUGGAAGAACUUAACCAGUUAGAAAAGCUAAAAGAACAGCUUAUGGAGGCAAAGGUCGCUGAGAUGCCCUACGCUAUAGGUGGUCUAUCUGUUUCCCAUCCUAACAAACGAGCUUGCUUUUGGAAAUACUGUGUCUAA